AUGUCACGAUAUCCACCUUCCGAUUACCGAGGUCCAAGAGAUAGGUCACGCUCGCCGCCACGCUUCUCAGAUAGAAGAACAUCAGCAGCUGCCAUCGGUUUUCCGCCAAGAGGGGCUCCAGAUACUCCGCGCGGACCACGGUUUGACGUCCCAUCGUCACGGCCGCCUCCUGUAUCAAACAACCCGUCGACUGGCCCUGUCCAACGUCCAGGUUACUCUUCACUAAGAGACGCGCCGCCGCUGGGUAGCGCUGACCGUGGCCGGCCAUACAGAGACCGUGAGUUCGAGCGCCGUGAUAGGCUUCCUUCUCCUCGAGACCGCUCGCCUCCACGUAGUUUCAAAGACCCCCGAGACUUCAAGGACACGCGUGAGUAUGCGCCACGCGAACUAGACAUUUCAAGGCCACGUCGAGGAUCUAGAGAGGGAGCUCCGUUGGCCAGCUCAACCUUUCCUGACAAUCCUCCGUUCUCCGCGGGACCCCACAGAGGCGCGUUCAGUAGGGGCAGAGGCAGGGGCGACUUCGGCUUCCGAGGUGGCCGCGGCGCUAGGAGAGACUUUGAGGACCGUGACCGCGAAGUCUUUCGGCGGGAACGUUCUCCUCCGCUACCGAGAUGGCCGCGUGAUCCUCCACGCGAUGAGCGCGACCUGGAACGGAACGAAGAGCGGCGGUUUGAGCGACGUGAUGAUGAUCGGAGACCGGAAUGGCUGGAUCGCGAGCGCGACAUGGAACGUCUGCGGCGGGAUCAAGUGCCGCCUGCGCUCGAGAAUCGACAUUCGAAUGAAUCAACAACAAGCGGUCCAUCUCUGCAGCAAGGCUCGCAGACAAUUCAGAUCGACCCUGGUCGGCUCGCCCUGCUGGAACAGGCCGGCGCGGAUGUAUCCGUGAGAAGACCAUCUGUCCCUGCCGUUGGCCCACCAUUGCGCGAUGCUCGGCGUGAUGUACUGGAGACACCUGCGUACCUGAACGGCCGUGCGGAGAACACAGCGAACCGAUACAACCAGCGUGGCUCCUCACCACCGACACAGGCUCCACCUGUACCAGCAUUCACUCUUUCGUUCGCUCCAUCAGCUCCUGCUUUUCCUGGCGUUGUGUCCGCUGGUACCCUGAAACCACCGCCUCAGAUCGCCCAGACCAAGCCAACCCGAUUAGCCGGCAAAGACUCCACUGACCCUGUUCAGCAAUUCAGUGCCCCAGAAGCUAAACAGACUGCCACGGCCACUGCGAAUACUGACGUCCUCUAUGCCUCCGCUUUACCAGGACCUAAUUCAACCGCAACGGAACCGCCACCAAGCGCGCCCAAGGCGCCACGUGCACUUGAAAGAGAGGCUGCAGGGACGGUGGGCUCGAGGCUACAUGGUGUCCGCUCGCUGGAAGAUAUGCCCGCUCGAAGUCCUAGACCAUUGCCACGCGCCCCAGCGACUGUUACGGCAGCCACACCUUUACCGGCCCUUCCAACCUUGGUUCAACCAGUAACGCCGACGCCUCAGCAAAAUGCUCGGUUCAACGAGCUUUCAGCCCCGACCGGUCCCCGUGCAUCCCGUGUGUCCCCAGGCCACACUUCGGUCUCCCCAAGGCCUGCAUUUGCAUCCCCAAGGUCGGAUAUCGGCAGCUUCCAAGCACACCCAAACUCCGCACCCGGCGAGACGCCACCGCCGACUGCACCCAUUGGGCCGCGCAAUGCAUCAUUUAGUGUAUCGCCUAAGGUGGCCCCAUCCGUUCCUACAGCACCUAAGGGUAACAGGCCUCCACCGCUUGCGCCGCGUGGGGGCGAGCGGGUGCCGAAUGUGGUUGGAAAGGGCCCGGAUAGAUUGGCAGCACCUCCUCCGUGGGCACCGCCGACGGCUCCCCGAGGGUUGCAGUGGAAUCAAUGGCGACGUCCACCCGGCUCUGUGUAUGCCGAGAAAACAGUGCCGGUCAAGCGUGACUUUGCUGGCGCAGAGAAAGACCGUCAGAGCGAGGCGAUCGUUACACGAGUUGGAUCGCAAGCAGGUCCACCUCAGAAGAGUGUGGCAGAUACGUCUCAUGCAAACACAGCUCGUUCCAGUGCUGCAAUAGAGAUAGAGUCAGACAAGCGUGCUAUACCUUCGACUGGUGGAAUGAGUGCCCGAAACAAUGCGCAGGCUGCGAAGCAUGGCGGUCCUUCCGACCAUUCCGCAGCGCGUUCAUUCUUCGGCAUGCCGGCCAAUGAAAGCAUCGAGGACGGGAUCAGCACAUCGGACGUUGUAGAGGAAGCAAUGUCCAGCAGCGAAGAAGAUGAGCUUGAUUCUCAACGUGAGCGUGCGUUGAUGAACGCGAAGUUCGAACGCCGCAAAAGGGCCCUGGAAGCGCAACUCGCGGAUCUUAGCGCGCGAGAAUACCGAGCCACAACGCCGCUAGAGUCCAUUGCGCGCCUCGCUCGCAUUAACGAAAAGGACCUGCAGCGGGUACGUGAGCAUCACGACCAAGAGAUGGAGCUUGAUGAGUCGCCUUCAGGCCUGCAUGAUCAUCUCCCGCCUCCAACAACACGUUCGUCAAGGACUGAAGAAGGCAUGGAAAUACUAACUCCGAAGGGCGAGGAUGAAUUGGGAGUCGAAGUACAUAGCAGUGGUGACGGUUCCGACAAUGCUCCUCGCUUGCGCCGCCCAAGUCCCGAGGCUAUCUCAUUACCCUAUCUUGUCAAAGGGCCUCAGGACUCUCAGGACUUUGGUGUCCUCGAGCAAGAGGUGUUGCAGCGCCAGGCAGAAACCCGGGCGGCUGUACUCGAAGUGCUGCAGGCUGAGAUUGACGAAGAUGAUGAGCUUGGUGGGUAUCCGCUCGAUGUUUUCGACGAGGCAUUCCGGCGGUGGAGACGGGACUGUGAGGAUCUUGACAGAGAUCGAGAAGAACAAGAGCGUUUGGUAAGGCAGCAAUCUGCAGAGCCAGGUCCGGAGACCAUCGCCCCAGCUGCCCAAACCACAAAUCAAAUCAUCGAAGGUAGGCGGCUGCACAAAUUCAGCAGCGAGUACGAGAUUGAGAAGGUUCUGAAGGAGUCUGAAGAGACUGCUCGAUUGGAACAAGAACGCAAGGAUCGUGAGACGCAGAAGCUGCAAGCCGACAUUCAGAAGGAGGCUGUGAUCCCAGAUCAAGAGAGCGAGGAUCGAUAUAGGCGUAGCGUCUUCAUAAACGCUAACCGUUAUAGAGACCCAGAUACUCUGACCUUGGUCUUUGCUUAUGAGCCCGAGCCAGAUACAUUCACCGAAGAGGAGCAGCAAAUCUUCAUUGCUGCCUUUAAAGAGACCCCAAAGAAGUGGGGCGAGAUUGCAUCUCUGCUCCCAGGACGAACAUACCGAGACUGCAUCCAUCAUUACUACGCGAACAAGUGGGAUGGACGCUUCAGGGACCGCACAAAGAAGAUGAAGUCCGGCCGCGGCAGGGGUCGUGGCGGGAAAACGUUGCGCGGAAGGGGAGUCUCAGCGAUGGCAGAUCUUGCGGCCGCUGAAGACAUUACCGCUCAAGGAAUUUCGGAGAGCGGUCGACCUAGGCGAGCUGCUGCACCAACGACUUUUGGCGAGAGAGAAGUGGAGAGCAAAGUGACUCUGGCGGCGCAGUCCCCAGCAAAGAGACCAGGUACAAGCCUGAAGCAGGACCUUAACGGAGAGCUUGCGCCAGAAAAGCCAGGUAAGCGGCGAAAGGGGACCGGGGAGAAGUCUGCUAGGAAGUCGAAAGCCGCUCAACCACUCGCGGCCCUCGCCGCAGCUCCAAUGGCGUCUCCCAGCAAACACUUCGUGCAGGGUACGCACCUGAAAGAAGAGAUGGACCGAGCGCACAACCUGCAAGAUGCUAAUCUCCUGGCGGGUCUGCAUUCGAGCCACCACACUAUGCUCCCUGUUGAGGUCCCGGCCGUAUAUCACCAAGACGCCUUUGCGCCGCCUAUGAUGCCGUCCGAAGAAGCUACGCGCGGAAAGUCUUCCGUUCCAAGUUCAAAGACAGGCGCGUCAAGUUACUGGUCUGUGCCGGAGCAGCAAGACUUCAUCAAGUGCAUUGGCCAUUUCGGGACGGACUUCACGGCCAUCGCGAACCACAUGGGGACCAAGACGGCGGUAAUGAUUAAGAACCACUAUCACCGUCAGAUUAACGGGGGUGCGCAGCCCGAAUUGGAGCGCUCCGCAAACGAUGCCGAUGCACGGCGAGCAGCGGGUGCAGAUAUGGGCCCUGCUCCUACACCCACUCCCAUCGUCAAGCGGAAGUACGACAACCAGCCGCAGACUAACGUCCCACGCCCCCUUGCGCCGCAAGCCGAGACUAUGGAAGUCGACGAACCUGCAACAACCCAUCCUCAGCCACCACCCAAGCAUAUCUCGCCACCUCAAUAUCAGGCACAGCCCCGCUUCACCACCUCAGCACAACCAACGCCUAUCCCGGCUCACCGCAGGGUGCCAAGUCCUGUGCCCUCGAUCGCUUCACCAAAUGUGUCCCACGUACAGCCCCCGCAGGCGGCACGACCACCAGCGCAACACCCGCUUGGCGCACGGCUGUCGUUCCUGGCAGACGGACGACCAGAGUCACGGCCAGGAUUGCCUUCAACUUCUGCUUUCCGGCUGAGCCAAGAUGGUUCGUCCCGGAGCCAGCUCAACCAGCCAAGUCAAGUUCUCGACGACUCAUACAUACGCAACUUGAUGCAGGAGCAGGAUCGCGCAUUUCGGUUGCAGGAGCAGCAGAAUCUUCAGGAAAGGCUCGAUCAUCCACAUCGCCACAUGUCGCAUUCCCGUGGCUCAGCGCACGGCUCACCGGCCAACCAACCGUUGCAGAACCCACCAACUGAACGAAAGCCACUUGUCGAAGACCGUCCGCCAUCCCCGCCGCGCCAGAACCAAGGUCAGCCACCUUUCGGGCGGCAAAUGUUCGGUGCCGCAGCGUUCAGUCCAUUUCCCUCAAUGCAAUAUGCAACACCCAGCUUUGCAGGUCAAAUGCCAUCAAUGCCGUCACCGCCGAAGAAGGAAGACCUACGACCGGGCUCCGUGCCCAUAGGGCUACCUGGGCAAGUUGGCCCUGCUGCGAUUGCAGCCGCUCCUGUUCAGCCGCCAGAUCCACCCAAGCGAUCGAACUUGCUAUCUAUACUCAACUCAGAACCAGAGGAGCCGAAGCUGUCAAAGCGUGAAAGUGCACCUAUCGCACCACAGAGAAUCGCGUCACCGGCGCCGCCAAGCUUUUCGGGCGUCUCUCAACCACUGGCUCCAUCUAGUAUACCGCCGAGAGUUGAGACAUUUGGGCAACCGUCGAUGCCACAAUCGCACUUCCAGCGUUCUUCGUUCGCGCAGUCAGGUCAUACGCAUCAGGCCGCAACGCCACUUAGUAUCAAACAAGAAGCGGGAGCAACUCAGCCACAACAAUCGCGACCAGACUGGCCCGGUCGAUCUAUCGGACAACCGUCUCAGCCCCGUCAAAGGGGCGAGCCUGGUCCGGUCAGCCUAGAAAGGGAUGUCCGGCCUUACUUUCCGCACCACCGUGCUUCUCUUGCAGCAUCGGCUAGAGCCAACCCGUCCCCGCCCCCCCAACCACUCGCAGCACAUUCUAGGACACCGUCUCUGACGACACAACAGCGAGAAGCUGCACGAGAUCACCGGUCUCUGUCUGGGCAGUCAGCCGGAACUCCGGGUCACGGACCUAUGCCUGCUCUCCAGUCUAAUCCAUAUGCCGCCCAGCAGCAGCCAACUAUGUUCGCCCAGCCAGUGCCGUCGCAUCCACAAAGCCACGCUCAUCACGCCCACAAUGGGUCCCUGAAUGCUGCUUUCCCAACCAUGCAUCAGCGCGCCAUGAGCCGUGAAGACGCCGCUCGCCACCAUGAGCAACAGAGUCUGGUGGCAGCACAACGGGAGCGUGAGCAUGAGCGUGAGCGCGAGCGCGAGCGCGACGAGGUCGAGUGGAUGCGCAGACGAGAGCAAGACGAGCAAGUUCGCCAGCGUGAUGCACACAUCCAUGCUCAACGGCAUCAGGAGUAUGAGCGUGAACGUGAACGUGAGCGCGAGCGUCAGCAGCAGCAGCAGCAGCAGCAGCAGCAGCAGCAGCAACAACAACAACAACAACACACGUUCACACGUGGGCCUGUGCAACAGGCACAUCCACUCGGACCUUCUGCUUUUGGUGCUCCGCCCUUCGGACGAGAAAGCAUGAGCCUUGGCGGCCUUCGAGAACAGGCUCAGAGAGAAGCGGAGGCUGCUAUGGCACAACAUCAACAAGAAGCCCAUAGGGAGCGGGAACUUGAGGCUAUGCUAAGGGAGCGCGCGAGACAAGACGAAUCACUAUUCCGUCGACAGACGCCACUCGGAGGUGGUUUUGGACAUCCACCGUCAUCACGGCGAUGA